CUCGCUCACCAAUCACGAUUCACCAUUGAGUUUGUAAGUUGUCAGUUGAGGUUGACAGUUUCCAGUUGUUAUCAAGCAAGGUCUUAGCCUCAGUCCUCAGUCUUAGCAAAGUUUGUCACUUGUCAGCUUCUCACCAGUUGUCACUGCUGACGUUUGAUUUGACCGCUGACGUUUUUUAUAAAAAAGUUUUAUCUUCGGCACUUACUUGAUAAUUUUAUUUAUAUUCGUCUGUGCUGUGUAACGUGUUAAAAAUAUUGUUCAUAAAUUAGCGCUGGCAUAAACAUUCGUGCAAAAAUUUAUUCAGUUUUGUAAUCUCAGUAGAAGUAUUUAACUAAUUAAAAUGGUUACUGGACGCGCCCUGCAUUUUGUCUUCAAAGUUGCCGAUAGAACCCUCACGGCCAAAUUCUACAGAGAAAUAUUGGGUAUGAAGGUUCUCCGUCAUGAGGAAUUCAGUGAAGGCUGUGAGGCAGCUUGUAAUGGACCCUAUGCAAACAGAUGGAGCAAGACCAUGAUUGGCUAUGGGCCCGAGGACACACAUUUUGUUGUUGAACUUACAUACAACUAUGGAAUAACAGAAUAUGAACAAGGCAAUGAUUUCCUUGGUCUCACAAUCCAGUCAAGUGAGAGUUUGAAGAGGGCUGCAGCUAACAACUGGCCCGUAAAGGAGCACAAUGGUUUGAAAUAUGUUGAAGCGCCUGGUGGCUACAAAUUCUACAUAGUAGAUAAACCACAACCAGCUAACAGAGACCCAGUAUUAAAAGUGUCUCUAGCAAGCUCAAACUUGGCGAGAUCUAUUGCCUACUGGAACGGUCUAUUGACACUGAAGGUGUACGAACAAAAACAGAAAUCAGUGCUGCUUGGUUUCGCCGAUGAUCAAGCGAAACUUGAAUUAAUUGAUAUUGGCGAGCCAGUGAACCACGCCAAGGCAUAUGGCCGCAUUGCAUUCUCAUGCCCCUUCGACGAGCAGCCGAUAAUAGACAACAAGAUCCAAGAAGCGAAGGGGACUAUCCUGACGCCUCUCAUUUCCCUGGACACGCCAGGCAAGGCGACGGUGCGCGUCAUUAUCCUGGCAGACCCUGACGGUCACGAGAUCUGCUUCGUGGACGAUGAGAGUUUCAGGCAACUGUCUCAAGUCGACCCGGCGAGUGAUGCCGAGUUGGACAAGUUCAUCAAAUCGGACAAGUCGAGGGCUUAAACUUGUCACGUUAUAUCGCUUUGGUCAAGGGUACUUAGCUAUAUUCUUUGGUUUAUGUCUUAAAAUGUUUAUACCCAGGUACAACCUGGUUGAGUUUCUGCUCAGUACUAAUGCACAUUUUGUUAACAUAUUUUUACUUUUAUCACACGAAGACUAUUCUACUUUUAUAUUCUUGAAUUAAAAGCUCUUAAUGUUUUUGUUAACUGCUUUAUGUAUUUUGAAAGUAUUUUAAUAGUAAUUGUUGCUUAUAAGUUAUACCAGUCAAAUACUCCAUUAUAUCCCAUUUAUUUUUACCAGCAGCUCUUUAAGGGCGACCUUACUGGCAUGAAAUUAAGUCUAAUUUUAUAAAUUAUUUUUUUGACAGCCUUAAUAAUACAUGGGUUUAUUCCACGCUAUUCAUUAAAUCCCAAUAAUGUGGCUAGUAAGCUAGUAGCCAUAACUAAGCUAGUAUUGUUAUAUCGGAGAUCUUAAAAUAAAUUUAAAAUUGAAAGGCUUCAAAUAAAUAGGUGGCAUUGCAUAACGAAAUUUCAGAAAUUUAUUAUAAUUAAUUUAAUAAAAACUGAAUAUGGCGGAAUUCCUUUGUAAUUCGAUUAUUGGUAAAUAAUAUUACUCCGUAGAACAUACUAAUCGAACCACGCAAUAUAACGAAUUUAUAGACCAUUCCAGUAGACAAAUAGUGGAGAUUACCAUAAUUUUUAUAUUUUAUGCAUAAUGUUAUUUAUGUGAAACUUAUAUUGUUCACGUGUAUUGCAAAUGCUGUACGUUUGUAUAUCACAAUAAAUUAUAUGAUGUACAA